AUUGCUUCGAUUUCGCUCUGCUCCUCCUUCAGUCCUCGAACAGUUACAGGUUGUUGAAGGUUCUUGUUCAUCUGAACAGGAGAGGUCGUCGUCGUCGUCGUUCUUGAGAUUCUUCAGUUCCAACAACAAUAAGCCUUCUUCAACAACAAAACCGCCAUCACUUUCUUUGAUGAAUUCGAAUCAUAGCUUCACCACACUGCACAACUCGUCAACUGCACCUUCCGCUUCCACUUCCUCUGGAACGGAUCUACCAAGGCAGAGCACUUUUCCAGCUUCGCAUUUCUCCUUCCACGAUAAUAACGGGUAUGAUACUAAUGCAAAUACUAUGACGAAAGGUGUUGGAAACUACAGCGGCAGUGAUGAACUUAGUCUAUCCACAAUGAACAGAUUCAAUAACCAAAUUAGCUUCUCAUCAUCAAGAAGCCCUUCUUCUUCAGCAACGGCAACUAAUAAUAACCGUAAUGGUGGAUUAUUCUUCCCUAAUUAUGGUUAUUGGAAUGAGACAUCAUACAAGAGGGACGACCAAAAUAGGAUUUAUAAGUUAAUUUUUGAUGCUAAUCAGAAUGAAGAGUUUGGGAAUAAUAAAGUUGUUCAUACACUAUCGCAUCAACUAAGUUUUCCAAAAGCGGAACCGGAGAUGUUUGUAAUGGAGAAUAUGAUUCACUUCCCAUUAUUAGAUGCUGUUCCAUGUAAAAUUAGAGCCAAAAGAGGAUGUGCUACUCAUCCCAGAAGCAUUGCCGAAAGGGUAUGUGAGAAGGACUCGGAUCAGUGAACGAAUGAAAUGAAUAUAUGGAGUCGCGUGGUUUUUGAAUUUGCAUUGGAAAAGUCAACAUAUAAAUUGACUUGUAUGUAUGUACAUUGUUGAGCAGCAAGCCAGCACAGCAGACAUGUUGGACAUGGCUGUAGGAUACAUAAAAGAUCUUCAGAAACAAUUUAAGAAUCUAAGUGACAGACGGGCUGAAUGCAAGUGUAUAAGGAUGCAGAAAUCAGAUUUUUCAAAAAAAAUUUGACUUUCUUCCGGCGCUGAAAAGUGAUAACUAGUUAUCUAGAAAGUAAAGCUAAUAUAUCAGAUACAGUAGUUGUAUGCAAGGUUUUGAAAACCGGACCGGAUCGGCCAGUUCGACUGGAUUAAUCGAAAAUCGGUUUUAUAGCCGAUCCGGUUAACACGCAAAACUACCUUGUAAACAAUCGGUUUAAAAAUUGGUUAAAUCGGUGGUUAACUGGUGAACCGACUGAACUGGUCGUUUUUUUCAAAAGACCGAUUCUCUAAAAAAAAAAAAAAACGUAAAAACCCCACCCCCUAAAACACCCGACCCUCUCCCUUCUGUCUCACUUUCACAUUCCAACCAAAUCCCUAAUUUUCUCCUCUAUGUCACGCAAACGGUUACUCAAUCCUCUUCAAGCGCAUCUCUCCUCCGUGAAUCUCUGCCCAGAGCCUCGUCGUGAAAUCACUGCUCGGGGCCUCGCUGUCGCAAAAUGAUCCUCUUCCGAGCUUACUCUGUCACCGCUGUUCCUCCUUCACCAUGUCUCUGGUAAUAAUUAAGCCACUGCUUCUUCAGUUUCAAUUUCUAAGAUUCUGGCUUCUAAAUUGGGAUUGUGUUCUGAGUUGUGGAUUGCUGCUCAUGUGGUUUUGAAUUUAGUUUGGAGGUUAAGUUUGGAUUGUUUUGGUUAGGUUUUCUGUUUCUAGAUUCUCUGGAUUUGGAUUUGGAUUUUGAGUUUUCUGAGUUUUGUUGUUGAAUAAAUUUAAAGAUUUUUGUUGAAAUUUGUUGUAACUCUGAAUUUUUUUUUUGUUGCUGAUGGAUUGAAAUUUUUAAGUGUAACUGUAAGUUUGUGAUUCUAAGUCUUCUGAGUUUUAUUGUUGAAUAGAUUGAAAGGUGGU